UCACAUGCGCUCAUUUCCAUUAAUCCCAUUGACAGAACAGAGACAAAAGUUAUUUGGAUUUGAGUAUUCUUAUACCUCUCUCUCUCUCUCUCUCUCACCAUUAUGAUACCAUCUACUUCUCUACAAAUCAAAUCCAACCAGUAGAUACCCACUAGUUCAUCCUCUUUGUUCUUUUCACUCACUGAAUAAUUUCUUUGCUUAUACUUACACACACAUUAGAUUGUACUCUGUUUUUCGCUCUGUUCAUGGCUGCUACGAGUGGAGUUCAAAUCCUUGAAAACCAUGAGAGAAACCAUAGCAAAACCAGCAAUGACGUUAGCAGGAAGGAAAUUAAGGCUGCCAUUGACAAAGCUGUGGAGCUGAGAGCCCUCCAUGCUGCUCUGAUGCAAGGCAACAACCCUUCUGCACCCAAUCUCAGAUACCUUUCCUCUGCUUCCCCUGUUUCUCUUCCACACCAUCAUGCUUCUCACUCCUCUGCCCAAGAUUACCCUGUUUUUACACCUAGUUAUGAAGAACAACCGUUACCGGGAUUUCAACAAAUUCAAUUAGACAAUCGAACUAUAUCAGAAAAUGAUGAUGAUGAUCAAAAAACCAACUUAACAGAUUACAAAACAUCUAAUGCAUCUUCAAGGAAAGAAAUUCCCUCUGAAUUGGCUGAAGAUCAAAAGUCUGUCACCGGAUUGUGUGCUUACAACACCACCGUGCUCAGAAAAUCAUCGCCUAGAACAGAUUUCUUCAAGUCAAGCACGCGAAAAAGUACUAUGAGCGACACCAAAUCUGUAUCUUCUUGCAAUAGUUGCAAGAAUUUCAACAUUGUGGUGCCAUUGACAGAUAUCCAUUCUUCUCUUCAAUCCCAACAAACGAAAAACCGGGGGCUGAAUCGGAGUCUUUCGUGGUUGUUCCCUCGGAUAAAGAAGAAGAACAAGAACGAAAAUUCGCCAAGUAGGCCAGAAUCAGAUGAGGUUUCACAACAAGUUUUUAGAGAAAUGGGAAUUUUAAUGUCGGUUGAGAAAUUAAAGAAAGAGCUCAUGGAAGCAAAUGAGAGUCGUGAAGCAGCCCUGAUGGAGGUUGCAAUGAUGAAAUCUUCGUUAGGAGAGCUAAAACACAAGUUGGAGUACUUGGAAACAUACUGUGAAGAACUUAAAAACGCUUUGAAGCAAGCAGUACCUGAAAGGCUAAUUGGAAAUCUUUCCAAGAGAGGGAAAUGGAAAUCCGAUGAUGGGAUUGUUGUUGGGAAUGUUGAAGAUUUGAUGCCGGUUAGUGAGGAAGUGAUGGUGGAGGGUUUCUUGCAGAUAGUAUCCGAAGCCAGGUUGUCAGUAAAGCAAUUCUGCAAGAGCCUUGUCAGCCAAAUAGAAGAAAAUACCGAUAUCAUUUUGAUGGAAAACUUAAAUUUGCUUCUAAAACCACAUAAGCUGUCUAUAAAUUCGAGGUACUCAAAGGCGGUUUUGUAUCAUUUGGAGGCGAUCAUAAACCAAUCACUCUAUCAAGACUUUGAGAACUCUGUUUUUCAAAAGAAUGGCUCUCCGAAGCUCUUAGACCCACGUGAAGACCGCCAAUCGCACUUUUCAUCGUUUGUCGCGUUGAGAAAUUUGAGUUGGAAUCAAGUGUUGAAGAAAGGAACCAAGCAUUACAGCGAAGAUUUUAGCAAGUUUUGUGAUCAGAAGAUGAGUAGUAUCAUUAGUGUUCUGAAUUGGACGAGGGCAUGGCCUCAACAACUCCUUCAAUCGUUUUUUGUCGCCGCCAAAUGCAUAUGGUUGCUCCAUUUGCUUGCAUUUUCAUUCAACCCGCCACUCGGGAUCCUGAGGAUUGAAGAAAACACGAAGUUCGAUUCCCAAUACAUGGAUGAUAUUUUCAUGGAUCGACAAAGGUUGUCACAGGGUCCAAGCCGGGUUAAAAUUAUGGUAAUGCCCGGGUUUUAUGUGCAGGACAGAGUACUUAGGUGCAAGGUUCUUUGCAGGUACAAAUCUCUAGCCUAAGUUUUUGUUUUUUUCCUGGGUUUAAUCUAGUUUUGAUAAUUGUUCAAAAUGGUUUCUUCAAUUGCUUAAUGGAAUGGGUUGGUACAACGUUUGAAGCCUUGGAAGGAUGAGUGGUGAAAUUGAAUAAUACUUCGUUGGCAACUACAUGUUGCUAAACAUAGUAUGACGGAGUCUUAUGACACAAACUAUGAGGCUGGUUUGGUCUGCUGGAUGAGACACUUUUUCCAUUCAUGACGUCCGACUCGAGUCUCAUCGUUGUGCGAUGCAUUUUUUCUUUUCCUUAACUCUCUGCUAACGGAUUGUUAAGAAAACAAGAGGGUACUAUGUUGUAAGGAUAAAUUUACAUACAAGAAACACCAUGUGUACAAGAAGAAGAGAGAAAAUAGUAAGAACAAGAGACACUUUACACUAA